CUCCAUCCGCCAUGGCUGAAGCCCCACAACCAAGAGAUAUGGAACAGGAAGCCACGUGCCCCAUCUGCCUGGAGUAUCUGACAGCCCCUGUGACUCUGGACUGUGGCCACAACUAUUGUCUGGGCUGCAUCACAAACUACUGCGAGACAUGGGAAGAACAGGGCGGGGACUUGGAGUGUCCCGUCUGCAGAGGCCCGAUACAGAGAGGGAACUUCCGGCACAAUUGGCAGCUGGCAAAUAUUGUAGAAAGAAUUAAACUCCUGCCACUACACCUAGAAAAAGAGAGCCUGUGUGCAAGACACAAGGAAAAACGCCGCCUGUUCUGCAAAGAAGAUGAAGAACUGGUGUGCUGGAAGUGCAAGGGCUCCCCAGAACAUAAAUCACACACUGUUCUUCCCAAGGAAGAGGCUGCCCAGGAAUACAAGGAUCUGAUCCAUCGUCGCUUGGAGAUUCUGAGGAAAGAGAGAGAAAGAAUUCUGGCAAAUCAAGCAGACACAGAAAAGGAAAAUGAAGACCUGCUUAAGCAAACAAGAGCAGAGAGGGGAAAGACGGUGGCUCAGUUCAGACAACUACAGCAGUUGCUGGAAGAACAAGAGCAGCUUCUGCUGGCCCAGUUGGAUGAGGUGGAGAAGGAGAUUGCCAGCAGGAGGGAGGAACACCGGGCCAGGCUCUCUGAAGAACUCUCCUCUCUUGAACGUCUCAUCCGGGAGAUGGAGGAGAAAUGUCAGCAGCCAGCGAGUGAACUCCUGCAGGACGUGAGAAGCCCCUUGCAGAGUGAGAAGGAGACAUUUGAGAAUCCAGCAGCUUUCCCUCCAGAGCUGAAGUGGAGGAUCUGGGACUUCCGUGAAAUAAAUCCCUUUCUGGAGGGAGUCAUGAAGAAAUUCAAAGAUGCGCUGUUGCCUGGACUACAUCUGAAGAAAGCAAACGUCACUCUGGAUUCAGACACAGCGAAUCCCAACCUCAUCCUGUCUGAGGACCAUAAAAGUGUGAGAUGGAGAGACGAAUGGCAAGAUGUGCCCGACAAUCCUGAGAGAUUUGAAACAUGGUCAUGUGUGUUGGGACAUGAGGGAUUCGUGGCAGGCAGACAUUUCUGGAAAGUCAGGGUGGGAAGUAAGGGAACAUGGGCUGUAGGGGUCGCCAGAAAGUCUGUGAGGAGAAAAGGUGAGAUUGUGUUUAGUCCUGAGGAAGGGUUCUGGGUUGUGAGGUAUUUUGGAAGUGUUUAUAAGGCUUGCAACCCCCCUCAUUCCCCUCGUCUGUCCCUGAGUGGGGAGCUCAAGAAGAUCCGAGUGUCUCUGAACUGCGAUGAGGGGCGAGUGGCCUUUUACGAUGCUUACAGGGGGACCCUCCUCUACGCCUUCUCUGGAGCCUCCUUUGCAGGAGAGACCGUUCUGCCCUUCUUCCAUGUAUGGGGAAAAGGCCCCCUCACCAUUUCUCCUUAA